AUGGAAGUGCCAAGUCAAAUUCCAAUUCAGAAACUACAUACAUCGAUGAUGAGCCAAUCAAGAGGCGCAUCUUUGGCGAAAAAGGACUUCAAGAUGAGCUAUCGGCCCGGACGAACGCAUCCAGCCUUCACAGGAGUUCUGACAAGCGAAUGCUGCAACGUGAAGUUCGAAUCGUGCUAUUCGUCCAACCGCUGUAUGGCGGUGAAUGUUGGCAAGUACACGAAACGAAGUACAGAAGCCAGUGUCAUGGAAUAA